AUGCGCCAUCAGCCCGGUAUAAGCGAGCUGUUCGGACAGCAAAGAAACACAUUAAGGUCUCAGAUUGCAAGUCGAUUGGUCCGUUCCAUGACCAGCAUGGUAUGUUCAUGGGGAUUAAUUAGAUUGGAGACGAGACAAAAAGGUCAUCGAAAGAACCGGAGGGCUUUUACGACCACCAUGGGCUCCGGGGAAUCGGGGGAGAUUGGUCAUUGCAAUGCUGAUGACGCAGAUUCUCACUGAUUUGAAUAAAAAGAACGUUGUAGAUGUCUCAUCGAGACACGGCAGAUCUGCUCCUGGUCUCAGUUGAUGGUCGAAAACUGCCAGUUCAUCUUUGUAUUCUCCGUCAAAGGGCUCCUGUCUUUUUCCAACGAUAUAUUGAGCCAACUUUGAAUGCAACCCCUCGGGCGGCGACCCCUCAAUUGCCUUUGGAAGUAGCUGUCGGUGAUGUAGAUUCAACUGGACUCUCCUUUUUCAUCAAAUCCAUUUACACUGAUGAGGAAUUGGUAACCUUACCGAAUGAAAUGAAAACCAUGGAGAAGACCCCUAGAUGUUCAGGCAUGUCUUAUUAAUUAAUUAUACGGCUAUGUAGUAGGGUAGAUCAAUAUAAAAUAAUGUAAUAAAUGGGUACAUGCUUUAUUUUGGUAUCUUUUUAGAGAACGAGCCUCUCGAAGAGGAGAUAGUCAUGUACAGAGACGGUCUUCGGGAUGAGAUCGCGGAUCAGAUUCCUCGCAAAAACUCGGAUUCUUUGAAUUCUUCAAGAGUACGUUCCUUAAGACUUCUGAGUUGUGUUCUUAGGUUGCAUCCCAAUCUCAUUUAUGUGACAUGACCAACCAAGAGAUCCCGCCAGAGAUGUCAGCAUCUUAUCCAUCUCCGGGAGAUUAUAAAAAUCAUUCGAUCCAAGACCUUUUGGGAUCAGCCAGUAAUCUUCAACAACAGGCUCCGAUGAUGACGUCAUUCAAAGAAUUGGCCUCACAACAGUCUCUCAACACGACGGACUCCCCUAUGUGUACAUCCACAUAUUCAGACAGAGAUGAUGACUGUCGAAGAAGAAGUAGGAGUGUGGCCAGUGAUGUCCAAGGUAAUUUUUGAAAUCAUAUCUAAUAGCAUGUUUAGGUCAGUCCUGCAAGUUCAUCAGAUUGGAUGACAGCGGAGUUUCCAGCAGAUCCACCUCUGAUCGAUCGGAAACCCGAAAAUCGAUCUUCCCUAUGUUCAUUGGGAUGGGAGCCUAUGACACAAUGGAGGAUCCCAUGAGCCAGAGUGCCCCUUCUGCCGAAAACUUUGGAUCCACGAUAAGAGGACGCGCCAUGAUGGCCAGAAGACUUUCAGUCAGUUCGCUGACAUCCCUCACUUCCAUCGAUCUGACUCCAACUCAUGAAAGUAAGCAAUUUUGAUGAUUUUAAAGUUUUCCAAAACUCUAUUUUUUGGAACAGAAUGUUAAUUAUGAAUAUUACAUUGUUUUAUUAUAGAUGCUCCGAUCUUCACAGACAAUGAUCCUGCCAGUCAAUUGGCCAAAGAUCUUCUCCAGAUAUACAAAAGAGGAAAAGAUUCAGAUGUCAGCAUCACAACAAACGCAGGCGAUCUUAAAGGUCAUCGAUGUAUAUUGUCAGCUACAUGUAGCGAGUUCAAGAAGGCCUUGGGGUCAUCUUCUCGCAUCGAUCUCUCCAAAUAUUCCUUGUCCACCGUUGAUUUCUUACUUCAGUUUUUAUAUGGAGGCUUAACUUGUGUGCCAGAGAAUGUUAAUAUCUGGGAGUUACUCGCAUUAGCUGACGCACUCCGACUCGAUCAGUUGCUGCAGGUAGCCAUGUUACACUUAAAAGCACAAAAAUGUCAUUUCUUCCACAGGGUAAGUGCAAUAUCCAAAAAUGAAAUGUAAUUUUACAGCCAUGUGCAUCGUGUGUAUCUGCGGUAUUCGAUGCCCUCCCGCAGUUCUCUGAAUUGGCAGUGCUCAGACCCUUGUAUGAGGAGGCUAUGGCAUGGCAAUGCAAACAUUUUGCCCGUAUCUGGAAGGGCCGAAUCUUCCUCCAUCUCUCGGAGUACUGGCAAAAAGAAUGUUUCGAGGCCUUAAUUCAGUCAGUGACCGAUGAGUCUGUCAUCGAAGUCCUUCUGGGAUGCGAGAAAUUGCAGAUUGCUCUGCCCAGGAUCAAAGCCCAGCAUUCGAGUAUCUAUGUCCAGAAGAUGGUGAAUGAUGUGGUGGAGUAUUGCACGGACUUCCUCAUCUCCAGCCUGGAUCUGGUAGUUCAAUCCAAGCUGUUUAUUCAGCAAGGAAAGGGAUUGGCUCUCAAUCUAUCCCUUCUGGAGGAUAUCUUACCUUCCCUUAUCCAUUCUUUGAAUGCAGAUACAGCAAUCAAGACUUUCAUAAGUCUAAAACAACUGCUAACUGACAUUGCUGAGGGCAGAAUACAGAGCUCGAGUACCAGUAGUGUUAACCAAGUCGAAGAUUUCAAUCCUGUAAGCCCAUUUGACGGUUCCGUAUUCCUCAUUUUAGCGCUUUCUAUUGUUGUGUCGUCGGUUGUUGGAGUUGUGCGACAAACAUCUUCUACACUUUACAGCCUCCGUUGUAAAAAGUAAGGCCUGGGAUCUCCUGGAGAAGGCAGACCAAGACAGAAUUCAAGAAAGUAAGUUUUGUCAUUACAGUAUUAUAUAAUUGUUUCUUUUUUAGCGGGUAUCUUUGUUGAAAUGUGCCUCCCAAAAGCGCCACCCCCAAGACUUUCCAGCUUUAAUAGAGUAAGUUUGUUAGGCAUUAAAAUAUCCUUAAUUUAGUCUUAUAAAAGAUCAUCCAGUGUUGGAUUCGGUCAAGGAAUCCAAUCCAAAUUAGAUGUCGCAUAUUACGGUGGAUAUGAAAGGACAAGAUCAUUGGAAAGAGCCCGCCCUGCGUCUACUUUCACUCAGCUUUUGGAAGCAGAUGAACCACUAGAAGCAAUCCUUGAACGAGAAAAAAGCCAGACUCAAAUCCAUCUAGAACAACAUCGGAGAGCCAACAGUAUGCGAGAACAAUCUUCUAGUCGAAUGAGUGUAAAAUCAAACGCGAGUACUAUAAAGCACAAAUCCCCGCAACCAUCUGAAAUGGAUCUGACAAGAAGGACGGAGAAGAAGAGUUCCGACGCUCCAAAACUGAAGUCUCCCAAACAGACACUCGUCCCCAAAUUAUCGUCUCCAGAAUCUCCCACGAAACGAGUAACCAAAUCCAGGCAUCCCCCUCCAGUCAAGCGGCCGAUCCCAGCCCAAUCAGUCAAUGUAAAUAUUGAACGACAGAACACACAGACAUUGAUGACGGCUGAGCAGAACAAAGAGAAAGGAAUCGACACAAGUGCUACGGAUAUUAAACCAUCUACAUCUGAUCCCUUCCGGAAAGAAACAAACAACAGUCCCCAGUCUGCAGAUACAGUCAAAAAUAAACCACGUUCCGUGGUCAAACCAAUGCCAAAACCAACACCGUCAACAGUUACACAGAGCAAAACGGUAACCAGACGCGUAUGUAACUUUUUUUAUUUAUCACAAAACUAAAAGUUAUUUCUGUCACCCGCAGGAUUCGGACCUGCGUCUUUCGCGUCUCCUCCUAUCACGACCUGAGAUUUUUGACGGGGGCGUUUGUCGCUUCUGUACGGGGGCCGUAGAUGGACGUUGUUGCUUCUCACCAGAAGCCUGCCCCGAAAUGUCGGGACGCGAAAAUAAGAGUUCGGCUUAAACUCAAUGUUUUCUAACACGAAAAAUAGAUGAAUUUGACGCAGAUGAUGAUUUUAUUUUUUGCUGGAUAAAUUAAUCAAUUUCAGAGUGUAACUGGGGCAACCGCUGCGUAUGCUGCCAAAGUAGUAGACAAACCAAAAAGUGCUUUACCUCGUCAGCUUCCCCCUCCCAACGCUGCAAUUCUCACCCGAGCCAGCCGAGCCAGUGGCGUUCAGUCAAUCGAUGGAAAGGUAAAAAGGAAGGAAUUGGAGACUGACUCCAGAAUACCUAGAAGUCCAAAAAUUGGUCGAAGAUAG